CUGAACACGAUCUUAUACGACCUUAUGUGUUGAGAACUUAAAUACGUUACUUAAUACUGCGCACUUCAUUCAGACUAUAGCUUCGUCAUAAUGAAAAUUCACCAUAGUAAACAGAUGCGCCCACCUGGUCUGUGGGAAUGAUUUUUGGAAUCUUGACAGUUUUUGGUAUUAUUUCCUUCACAAUAACCAGGAGAAUGAAUGCAUUGUGGCAUGACGGUUCUUGGGAUCCUUCUUGGGAUACAUGGUGGCACUACAAAGAAGGCGUAAUGGGAGGUCCGAGUCAUUGGGGACAGACAGCUUUCAUGGCUAUUGCCAAUGACGUAUGGCCAGCUUGUUAUCAAGGGAAAAUGCAAUCUCCAAUCAGUAUCUCCACGAAACAUCUACUAUUUGAUCCUAAUUUGGUGCCAUUGAAAAUCUCAGGUUCAGAUAAGCAAAUUGAUGUGGAGGUAGUGAAUACAGGACAAGAUUUACAGGUGAAAAUCCUCGAUUCAAUAGCAUCAAUUGUAUUCAGUGAGGGACCAUUAGUAUAUAACUACAAAUUCUUUGGAGCUUUAAUCAAAUUUGGCUCAAGAUCAGAUCGUGGUUCCGAUCAUCAAAUCGAUGGUAUUGCUUUUCCCGCUGAGCUACAACUGUAUGCAUUCAAUUUUAUUUUAUACCAAAACUUUUCUAACGCACUUUCAAAACCAAAUGGCUUAGCUGUAUUAUCUGUUCUUUUUAAAAUUGGUGAUCAAUCGUCAGCUGAUUUGGAAGCAUUACUAUCUACGGCAGAGCAGGUUCAAUUGAAAGGACAAUCUAAAAGGCUUCAUGGUUUGCUGUUGGAUGCUGUUUUACCGUCUACUAUGCAAUAUAUUACUUACCAAGGCUCUUUACCAUUUCCUGCCUGUUAUGAGACUGCAACAUGGAUUUUGCUUAAUCAACCGAUCGUAAUUACAGAAACUCAGCUAAAAUCUCUUCGUCAACUUCGAAUAGCGCCAUUUCGAGGAUCAGGCAGCAUGGCUGACAAUUACCGAACCAUUCAAAAAUUGAAUAAUCGAUCAGUUCGAACAAACAUUGAUUUUAGGAAGAGUCAACCCUUCUGUUCAAUACAAGCUCAGAGGACAUAUUUUGGUAAGAUAAUGUUUAUGAGUUACAUUGAAUGGUAUAUUUUUUCUAUAUACUUGAUAUAAAUAACUACGAAAAAUAAUAUUUUGAUAUUUAUACAACGCGUUACUUAUGUAUUCAUUAAACCAAAAACAAACAGUUUUUAAAUUGACAGAAAAAAAAUUCGUUUCACCAUAAGAGGAGAUAUCCACAGUAAAAGUGAGUACCAUAUGUUUUUAAAAGUUAUCAGCAAUUUAUUUCAUAUAGUACGUAUACUUCAAUUUUGUCACGCAGAGGAUAGUUAAAGGACUCAAUUCUCGAAGGGAAAUAAGAAAGAAUAUUAUUAAUAUACAGGUAGAGGUCAAAUUCACUAUCAGUAUACUUGGUUCGUUGCGGUUAUAUUAUGCGUUUUCUGAGAACAAAAGAGUAUAUAUAUCGAAUUAUAUCUCUUAUGAUAUUUUCACAGAUUGAAAUCAUGAGUAAGUUGAAGCUAGACCACCAUUGAA